AUGGAUGUUCCCUCAACAUCUCAUACCGGUCCUGAUGAUCUCGAGGACGGAGCGUUAGCGAUAUACACUGAGAUGGCAUGGAUGGAAAAGAAAUUGGAUCAUGAACGUGGGCUAGAUCAUCUAGCCAGAAACAAAGUGCCAGUAAUCCAAUACCUUCCUCCUUAUUUCAAGGAUGAAAAUAUGAUGUGUCCUCCACAGAACGAAGAAGCAAAGCACAAACUCCAGUACACCACUUUCGAUCCACUAACUAAGGAAGAUAAGAAAUGGCAGUGGCGGAAAAUUGCCGAGAUCUUACCACGACAUAGUUCGACAGCCAUUUACGAACGUUAUCAUUCAUUGCUGUCUGCGAAAAUGAGGCUCUGCUCAGCAAGACUUAUUGGUUAUCCAACAGAGUAUAGAUCUGCGAUUAAUAGAUCUGUGCAUAAAGCCAGGCGAGAUGUGUUCAAAGGGACACGCUCCGCGGCCACGCUUCGUUAUAAGUGGUUAAAUGAACAGUGCCCCCGAUGGAACAGCGGUCCAUGGACAAAGGAGGAACUGGGAAAGCUAAAGGAGCUCAGAGAAGAUCCAUCAUUCACAUCAUGGGCUGUUGUUGCCAAGAAAUUACAAACACAGCGAUCUCCUUAUCAAUGUUUCGAAAGGUACAGAAGCGACAUGUAUCGAGCGGCAAAGGAUUGGACCAAGGAAGAAGAUGACCGUCUCAUUGCUUUGGUGAAAAGUGAUGACCGUCAAUGGAGUAGUUCAGUGGGACAAAGGUUGGAUAAACACGAAUGA